AUGGCCGAAUCCAAUGAGCAACCGACCUCUGCACCGGCUCCCAGUACCGCCUCUGAGCCAGUCGCUGAGCCAGUCGCUGAGCCAGUCAUUGAGCCCGCCGACCAGAUUACUGUCGAUCCAGGUUUCCAGGACGGAGAUAACGACUCCACUCUUGGUGAUGAUAGGCCCCUCUCCACAGCUUCGAUAAGUGCAACGAUUCUCGAGUAUCGCAAGCUGCAUGGAAGGACAUACCAUAACUUCAAGGCCGCUGAGUACUGGGGACCCAAUGAUGAACAGCAGAACGAAGGGCUCGACAUAAACCAUCAUAUGCUGAAUCUAGCUCUUGACAACGAACUCUUCCUCGCACCGCUGAAGAACCCGCAAUCGGUUCUCGAUAUUGGCACAGGAACAGGCAUCUGGGCCAUCGACUUCGCAGACGAGUUCCCCGAGGCCGAGGUGACAGGUAUCGACCUCUCGCCAACCCAGCCAAGCUGGGUGCCGCCGAACUGCAAGUUCGAACUCGACGAUGCCUCACAGGAGUGGACCUUCCCGGACAACACUUUCGACUACAUCCACAUCCGCUACCUGCUGGGGUGCUUCAAGGAUUGGACUACGCUAUACAAAGAGUGCUUCCGGUGCCUCAAGCCGGGCGGCUGGCUGGAGCAUCUAGACUGCAGCACACUUGUGCAGUCAGAUGACGGGUCCCUGCCGGCGGACAGCGUCUGGACGGAGUGGAGAGAGGCAUUCGCCAGCAUCAGCGAGAAGACGGGACAGACUUUCGAGGUGAUUGAUGACGACAAGUGGGUCAAGUGGAUGGACGAAGCUGGCUUCAGUAACAUCCAGACGAAAACCAUCAAGACGCCCGUAGGCGGGUGGCCGGCAGACAAGAAGUGGAAGGAAGUUGGCCAAUUCAACAGGCUGGCUCUUGAGACCGGCUUGGAAGGCUUUGGCCUUUAUAUGCUGACCAAUGUCAUGGGUUGGGAAUACGCCGAUGUGCAGGUGUGGUUGGCCAGAGUUCGAGAAGCACUGAGGAAUAGGAGUUACCAUGGUUAUUCCACCUGGGGAAGCGCAUGGGCUCAGAAGCCCGAGGUUUAG